GAAACAUCUUUGGUAUUAGGCAACCGAGGCACAUGCUGGUAGCCUCUUCCUCUGCCGUCAGCCUGGGCUGAAGACGUCUGAUCAUGUCGCAUCGCAAGUUUUCGGCCCCCAGGCAUGGGCAUCUGGGCUUCCUUCCCCACAAGAGGAGCCACCGUCACCGUGGGAAGGUGAAGACAUGGCCCAAAGAUGACCCCAACAAACCUGUCCACCUGACUGCCUUCCUGGGCUAUAAAGCCGGAAUGACUCACAUCCUGCGGGAAAUUCACAGGCCAGGGCUAAAGGUUUCUAAGAGGGAGGAGGUGGAAGCUGUCACCAUAAUAGAAACGCCGCCUUUGGUGCUUGUUGGACUGGUGGGCUACAUCGAGACGCCGAGGGGGCUGAGAAGUUUCAAGACCAUCUUUGCAGAACACAUCAGUGACGAAUGUAAAAGACGCUUCUACAAGAACUGGUACAAGUGCAAGAAGAAGGCAUUUACCAAGUACUGCAAAAAAUGGCAAGACGAGGCUGGGAAGAAGCAGCUGGAGAAAGAUUUUGCGGCCAUGAAGAAGUACUGCAAGAUCAUCCGUGUCAUUGUGCACACCCAGAUGAAGCUCCUGCCGAUGCGUCAGAAGAAGGCCCACAUCAUGGAGAUUCAGGUGAACGGGGGCACCGUGGCGGACAAGGUGGAUUGGGCCCGUGAGAAGCUGGAGAAGCAGCUCGCCGUCCACACCGUCUUCAGCCAGAAUGAGAUGAUUGAUGUCAUUGGCGUCACCAAGGGGCACGGGAUGAAAGGAGUGACGAGCCGGUGGCACGCCAAGAAGCUCCCGAGGAAAACCCACAAAGGGCUGCGCAAGGUCGCCUGCAUCGGAGCCUGGCAUCCUGCCCGGGUGGGCUACUCCAUUGCCCGGGCCGGCCAGAAGGGCUACCACCACCGCACAGAGCUCAACAAGAAAAUUUAUCGCAUCGGCUGCGCGGUCCACGUGGAAGACGGCAAAGUGGUGAAGAACAGCGCGUCCACCAAUUACGACACAACUGAGAAAACUGUCACCCCCCUGGGUGGAUUCCCUCAGUACGGAGAAGUCAACAAUGAUUUCGUGAUGGUGAAAGGUUGCGUGGUGGGCACCAAGAAGCGGGUGCUCACCCUCAGAAAGUCCCUUCUGGUGCACAGAAGCCGGAGGGCUCUGGAGCCCAUUGAGCUGAAAUUCAUUGACACAACGUCCAAGUUUGGCCACGGCCGCUUCCAGACUGCCCAAGAGAAACGAGCUUUCAUGGGCCCACAGAAGAAGCACCAGCUGAAAGGGAAGCCGGAAACCCAGGAGGAUUUGUAACGGAGCAGUAAGAGGACACCUCCCAGUUCCAGCUCAGCCCAAAAUUGUUCCUACUCUGGGCAUUUGCAAACAGUAAUAUACUGAGACAAACCUG